CUCGGCGGCGGGGUGAGAGGUCGGUGGCCAUCUUGUGGCGGCGGCGGCGGCGGCGGCGGCGCGGCGGCGCGGCGGGCGGGCGGCUGUUACUGCGGAGACCCGUCGGCGCUCGGACCGGCCGCCCGGGGCCCUGCGGCGCCCGCCCGCGCCGCCACCAUGUCCUCCUUCUCCGAGUCGGCGCUGGAGAAGAAGCUCUCGGAGCUGAGCAACUCGCAGCAGAGCGUGCAGACGCUGUCCCUGUGGCUCAUCCACCACCGCAAGCACGCGGGGCCCAUCGUCUCCGUGUGGCACCGCGAGCUCCGCAAAGCCAAAUCAAAUAGAAAGCUUACUUUUCUGUACUUAGCGAAUGAUGUCAUCCAAAACAGUAAAAGGAAAGGACCUGAAUUCACUAGAGAAUUUGAGUCAGUCCUUGUGGAUGCUUUUUCUCAUGUUGCCAGAGAGGCAGAUGAAGGCUGUAAAAAACCUUUAGAAAGAUUGCUGAACAUCUGGCAAGAAAGAAGCGUGUAUGGCGGCGAGUUCAUACAGCAGCUGAAGUUGUCUAUGGAGGACUCCAAGAGCCCUCCCCCCAAAGCGACAGAGGAGAAGAAAUCUCUGAAGCGAACAUUUCAGCAUAUACAAGAGGAAGAGGAUGAUGACUACCCUGGGAGCUACUCUCCCCAGGACCCUUCUGCUGGACCCCUCCUGACCGAGGAGCUCAUCAAAGCUCUGCAGGACCUGGAAAAUGCUGCUUCGGGGGAUGCCACGGUCCGACAGAAGAUCGCAUCCCUGCCCCAGGAAGUGCAGGACGUGUCUCUGUUGGAGAAGAUCACAGACAAAGAGGCAGCUGAACGUCUUUCAAAAACAGUCGAUGAAGCGUGUCUGUUACUCGCAGAGUAUAACGGGCGCCUGGCUGCCGAGCUGGAGGACCGGCGCCAGCUGGCGCGGAUGCUGGUGGAAUACACCCAGAGCCAGAAGGAUGUCUUGUCGGAGAAGGAGAAAAAGCUGGAAGAAUAUAAACAGAAGCUCGCUCGGGUUACCCAGGUCCGCAAGGAGCUCAAGUCCCACAUCCAGAGCUUGCCGGACCUCUCGCUGCUACCCAACGUCACGGGGGGCCUGGCCCCACUGCCUUCUGCCGGGGACCUGUUCUCCACUGACUAGGACAGGUGUCGGGCCCCAGGUCCCCAUCUGAACCAGCGGAAAGAAGAGGGCAAGUCGUGGCUGGAAAUUCCCUAGUGGCCCGUCCCCCGCCCCCAGAAUCACAGACUCUGAUUCUCCUCUCCAGCCUCCUGUUGAGCACAGUUCCGACCCGUGGCGAGUCGAGCCCGGUCUGGAGUCACGCUCGGAAAGGUUCUGAGUGCCGCCCGCUCCGUGUUCUCCUGCCCCUGUCGCUUCUUCCAUUCUCUGCUCCCUUUACACCCAAGAAGUUACAGAAAUCAUGUGUACUUUGGAAGUCUUCGGAAGACUCCUGGCCCUGAGGCAGCGUGUCUCGAAAGCAGCUUCUCCCUUCUGAACUGGGCUUGCUCGAGCUCGGCUAGGUGUCCGCCCGGGGGCUCGUCCUGGAGUCCCCGACUUCUGGUGGCCAUCCACCCAAAAGGUGGGAGGCGCAACUGUCAGGCAGCUCUGCCAGAAAGAAUUUGCCAAAUCUCUCGUCCUCCCUUCCCGUUAGAGCAGCGCCCAGUCAAAGGUCAGGCCCCUUGGUUGUAGAAACAGACGAGUAUCUAGCAAGAAGCUGUGCGGGGGACAUCAAGUCGUAGUUCAGAGUGACAGGGAUCGCAGGCCUCGGCAAGUCGGUAAAUGGUUUGCUUCGACUUCCUCCAGAUCACCUUCCCAGAGGCGAUCAGGGUCCCUGCCCCGACACAGGGCGGGUUCCAGCCUGCAAAGGUGGUCAUUGGAAAGGCGGUGGUGGGCCCCCACGCAUGAGGAGGUCUGGGCCUCUCUGCGAAAGUAGGACACACCAGCACCCCGUCUGCUGCCUGCUCUAUGGCCGCAGUUCAGAGACUGGACGUGAGAUGUAGGCAGCAGGCCGCGCAUGCGUAGCAGAUGGUGCAUCAGGGGCUGGGGCUAGUGUCCGUGUAGGGUUUUGAUUCCAUUAUCAUGCCACCUGACAUCCCGACUGUGUGAUGUAGUGAGAAAAGAUUUUUACCUUGUUUUUAGUGAAGGCCCCACCUGCUCUUUUUGGGGGAACACAUUGUGAGGGGGCGGGGGCGUUUUUGACAUGGAAAAGGGUAGGAAGUGAUUCGCCUCAGUGCUUUAACAGGAAUCACAGUCCAGAGGCUGGAAUUCAAACUGGAGAAAGAGGGGCAUUCAGUGGAAGGGGCUUCAGAAUCUAAAUCUGUCACGUGUUUGGGGUUUUGUUUGUUUUAUUUUUUGUUUGUUUGUUUUGACUCAAUUUUCAAGAUUACCAAAAAGCCAAUGACAUGUACUUUUACAUCAUAAGAUAACAACCUGCUUUUAAUAAUAGAUCUGGCUUCCCUCUGAGGAGCUCUCCUGGCUCCGUGAGCAGAGGGCGAACAGCCGCAUCAGAUGGGCAGUGUCGCUGUAGAACGUGUCGCGCUGGCGGGUCCGAGCAGACGCUGUUGCCUGCCGGUGGUCCUGUCCUCCUUCAGUUAACCAGUCUGUAUCUGAAGCUUUUCUCCCAGAGGCCACCGGCAGUGGGUGACCUAACAAAGUGCGAGAUUGAUGCCAAUGGCUGCUGUUUCUGCGCAUCACCCCUCCCUGGGUCUCAGGAGUCCCCUCGGGGACUGGCUGCCUCCUCCGGGGAGGUGGGUCGCUGCCGAGCAGCCAGGGUGGGCCAGGCCGAGCGGCUCAUCGCAGACGUCACGACAGCAGAGCGUGUGCCCCAGCUCCAUUGCAUCUGAUGGAGUCCGACCAGCAACUGCUGCAGAAUUAUUACUGCAGGAACAGGAAACAUGGAAUCUGUAGCGAUUAUGUAGAUGAAAUGUGUUGGCCCUCAGCACCUGUUACUAGUACACUUCCUGUGAGGGAGUCUGCUUUGUUUUUAGUUUUUUAAUGAAAUGCUUUUGUUCUUCGAAUCUUACUUCUUCCCACCUCUUCUUUACAUGUGCUUAUUUCAUCUGUUUAAUUUAAUCGAUCCUUUCUCCUUGUAUGUAUGAGGUGAGUGGGUGGGGGUUGGGCAGUUCUGUGUUUUUUUUGGGGGGGAGGGUGUUUGUUUGGUUCUUUCCUUCUUAGAGCAUCCCUAGACCUCAAAGGGCCUUUCCUCUAGGGCAUAUUCCUCAGAAAGUCUUCAAUCUUCUUUUGUUUUUGUUUUUUGGGUUCCUCCCCCCACCCCCUUAAAGAAUAUUUUUAAAGCUUAAAUUUGUAUAUUAAUUUAGGACUUUAUUUAGAAGUAUAGGCUGUCAUUGGUGACAGCAGUAUAUUCUGAAAUGUCUCAUAGAUAUCUAUUUUUGAAUAAAGAUGGUGUUGUUGAAUGA